AUGCAGGCUGCCCCUCCUGGUGCCAUAACGCGCGGUAUGGAGGUGGAAGGCCUUUACGCAGAGGACUUGUUUGAUGCAUGGCAGUGGGCUCCACAGGCUGUGGCGGCUUCUGCACAUGCUGGUCAACAGGAGGAGGAAAAAAAGGUCAUACCAAGCUUCUUGGGCAAGACUAUUUGUCAGAUUCAUUUGAUAAUUCAGCGGGUGGCUCAAGUGGCCUACCCCCCGGUCAAUGCAAGCAUGACGCUGAUGGCGGGACUCUCAGCUCUUUGCAGGGUCCUGGUGGCAGUGCUGCAGCUUAGUAGCGCAGUUGAAAGCCAACAGCGCCUUCAUUUAGACAGCCGGGGCCGCCUUUCAGCGGCUUCUGGACAUGGCAACUGGAGGAGCCAUCAGCCGCUCUUUCCUGUGAAAUAUGAGUUUGAUGUGUCUGACCUGAAAGAAGAGCAGGGCUUGACCAUGGUUUUCGACAAGACAGUCCAAGCAUUGGUGGUGGAAGAAGGCAUGUCGCCUCAAAGCGGAGUGGCCUGGGGAAAGUUUUCAGAUGAUAUUCAACGAUCUGGCUGGUCAGAGCUGCAGGUGCAGACAGCCGAUGACCAGAACAUGGCAAACGAUGUGAAGAUGUAUGCAGCGGGCUACAUCGAAGGUUUGCUGACGUGCGUGAGGAUUUCGGAAUUCUACUCCAACAGCCAAAAGCUUCUUCUCCUCAAGGACAAGACAGCCAAUGCAUUGCCAGCCAUCAGAAAGCUUUUUCAGAAUCAGUUGGCAUAUGCCCGUUCUAUGACGAACAUGGAGUAUCAUAUUUUUGCGGAAGAACCUGAAGAUCCCUACUGGAAGCAGGUUCGCUACGCGUUCUUCCAAAUGUGGGGCGUGCUCGACGGUUACAACGCAGCAUCUUUGCGCUUCGGUGGAGAGAUGCUGGAGCUGGACGACAUGCUUCUGAUAAAUGCUGGUGGAGAGCUGUCACAGCUCAUGCAGGCCUAUUCACCUGAGCACCGGCAACAUCGUGCCGCUCGAUCCCAGGCACCGUCAUUUCUUCAGCAGCGCAGUCACAAUCGACGAUUGGAGGACCCACUGGAUGACCUACAUUGGGAGCGCCGGGUCAUGGAGAGUGGCCGGUGCUCUGCUUUGGUUCGUCUUGGAGAUGGAGAUACGGACCUUUUUAUGGGCCAUACCACUUGGGAUGACUACAGCAAGAUGACAAGGAUUUUCAAGUUUUACAACUUUUCAUUGCCUGCAGCCGAGACGUCGGCAACCCGCAUGUCAUUCUCAUCAUAUCCUGGUGCAGUGACUAGCACAGAUGAUUUCUACAUGCUCAACAGUGGUCUUGUAGCUAUGGAAACCUCUCUUGUUGUCUUGGAUGCCAAUGUCUGGGACAAGGUCCUUGACUUCCCGCGGUUUCGCAGCAUCCCGAAUUUCAUGCACCUCAUGGCUGUAAACCGGCUUGCAAAGUCUGCAGCCGAUUGGGUGCAACUCUUCUCCAAGACCAACACCGGAACGUUUGCUGCGCAGUGGAUGGUCUCCGACUACAACCAGUUUGAGAACAACAAACCGUUGCCUGACAGCACCUUCUGGGUGGUGGAAAUGAUUCCUGGAGUCUCAGAGAUGCGGGACAUGAGUGCAUACUUGCGGCAAAACAGGUACUGGGCAUCCUUCAAUCGACCCUUCUUUGCAAAGACUCGAGAGCUUUCUGGCUUUACCACUGCCGAGCGCACGCAUGGUGCACUCUAUUCGUAUCAGGGCAAUCCUCGCUCGGUGGCCUUUCAACUAGCAGCGCCUACAAUCAAUGCCUUGCAGGAGAUGCGGAGUGUCAUGACUCAAAACACGUAUCCGGCAAGUGCUGCUCCUAGUGACCCAGGGCAUCAGAUCUCCGCACGUAUGGAUUUGAGUCCCAUUCUCAAGUUUCCCAACGGUGGUAUCGAUGCGAAGGUGGUGAAUCGCUGCUUGCUGAAGAAGCUUCAGGCACAGGUGAUCAGCAGCCCGAGCCACCAAAUGCAAACGCCCUUCCAGUGGACUGCAGAUGAUGGCACAGAGCUUUGGCCCGGCUUCCCCCACGCGGGGCUGCCCAAUCGCUGGAACUUUGACUUUGUUCAGGUCACAGAGUUUGGCCAGUUGACACAGCUCAUGGACGAGAGCGACUGCUGA